UUGCUUUCUGCCUUGGGGCUCAUUCUUCUGCUGUCGCGUACUCUUUUCUGGUGUCGGCAGAAUUCAACCAGCCUGGCCUCCAUCUCGACCAAACGUUACCUCUGAACCUCCAAUCUCAAGCAACUCCACAAUGUCCGAAGAGGAUAAGACUUCCACCAUCAAGCCCCCGGCUGGGCCCCUCAGUCCGAAACCCGAGUCUCCUACCACGGCACGUCCUAUGGAUUUCGACGAUGAGCCCCAGGAGUCUGGCGUUACUUCGGUCUCCCCUUCCGCAACGACGCAGCCGAAUGCGACGGAAGCUGCCCCGCCAAAACCGCCGCGCCCAUUGAGCCCUCAGCAGCAGGCAGAGAACACCCUCAAAGAAGCGUUUCCCUCGGUUGAUGCAUCGGUUGUCAAGGCAGUGUUGAUGGCCAGCAAUUUCGAUGUCGAGCGGGCUUUUCAUGCACUUCUAGGCAUGACUGACCCGAAUGCCGAGGAAGUGGCAGCUCCUCCGAAACCUCCCCGUCCAUCUGCAGCCCAGAGACAGCUAGAAGCAGAUGAGCUGUAUGCUCGUCAACUCGCUGAACACUACAACCGCCGUGCGCCGCAAUCCCAGUGGGAGGGUGGUCCUCCAUAUGAGCGCACUCGGAGGGGUAGUGAGCACUCGGACGAAAGGGAGUACAGCUUUUUCGAUGAUGACCUCCCCGUGAUCCGCGAGAAUAUCCGCAAGGGAUUCUUGGACACCCAGACCAAAGUCAGCUCAUGGUUCCAAACCGUGAAGAAGCGGCUCGACGGCGAAGAAGAGGAAGGUGCUCAGUCCAGUCAGGGCUACAGCAAUGAAGGUUACAACCGACCGAGGCGAAGCGGGGAUCUUGGUCGUCGCAGCGGCGACCGCGAACGUUACGAUGCUGACCCUCAAGUCUUGAGUGAUGAUUUUUCUGCGCUCGAAUUGAGAGAUUCAGAAGCCCCGCCUGCGCAACCCCCCAGACCCCUCGCGAAUUCUAACAUGUACAAGUCCUCAUCGCCUUCCCCGGACAGGCGCAAGGUAUCCUUCCAAGAAGGCCCGCCCACCGAAAUUGGCAAUAUCUAUGACGCUUCGGAACCGACCAAACGCAGCUCCACGGGAAGCAAGCCCAGCAAGUGGCAGCCUCUCUCGACAGUAGAACCGUCCCCCGUUGGGGAUCACGAUCCGUUUAGCCUAGGUGACAGUGAGGAUGAGAAGGACACGAAGGCCAAGGAUCCUCAGCCUGCAGAUGAAGCCGAUCGCAUAAAGAAGGAUACGGCCGAAGAAACCAGCGGCGAACUUGCUUCUGCGUCGAAAGACGGCCAAAAGACGGACAACACGGGAAAGCCAUGAGGAACCCAGCUUUAGCCAAUUUGGGUCUUCCCCAUGAGUUCUGUACCAUUGCAUUUGCGUCUUGAUUUAUCUCGUUAUUUGUUUCCCCCCCUCAAAUACAAUGUUGAUGAUACCAGAGACUGCCGUACGGGAGGCAUGAAAGGGUUCAAAGGUAGUUCAGUUAAUUUUAUUGUGACACGUACACGAUCACUUGAAAUGCAGCCUGCUUUUUUGUUUUAAAUUU